AUGGGCUCCGCGCCGCCUCCCGCCCUGCUGCUGCCGCUGCUCGCCGCGCUGCUCCGCGCCCCCGCGCACGGCUUCAAUGGGCUGGAGAGGAAGACAGGUGAGAGCGCCGAGGCUGAAGGAGACCCCACAGCCCUCCCCACACCAGCUGAGCGCGAGGCCGAGGCUCACUUUGUCAGCACAGCACCCACCCUGAAGCUGCUCAACCACCACCCACUGCUGGAGGACCUGCUGCACGAGGCCUUCCUGAAGAAGGACUACCUGGCCCAGGCACCCUUCCCACCUGGCCUGCCUGGCCCUGUGCUGCCUGACGAUGCCUUGAGGCCGGACCCUGGACCCCCAGCUCCCCAGAUCCUACCACGUGCCCCUGCUUUGCCCAGGGUUGCCUUCCCCACCGCCCCACUGACCACACCAGCUGGGCGCUCGGGGCCAUGGGGGGAGCCCUGGGGGGUCGCGCCAGGUACUGACCCUUCACAGCCCCCUACUGGGGGGUCAGGAUCAAGCUCCGCAGCCCCCAGCCGAGUGCCCACCUGGGGGGUCACUGGGGUCUCCGGGGAUGAGGAGGGGACCACCACUACCUCCACCAUCACCACCACCACCGUCACCACGCUGCAGGGACCAGCACCAUGCAACCGGACGCUGGCAGGUCCCGAGGGCUGGCUGGUGUCCCCAGAGCCAGCCAGUGCCCCGUAUGACAGCAGCAUGGACUGCACCUACACCAUCUCCGUCUACCCUGGCUAUGGUGUGGAGAUCAAGGUGCAGAACAUCAGCCUGGCAGACGGGGAGACGCUGACGGUGGAGAGCGCAGGGGGCCUGGAGCCGGCGGUGUUGGCCAACGAGUCCUUCCUGCUACGGGGCCAGGUCAUCCGCAGCCCUGCCAACAUGCUCACCCUGCGCUUCCAGAGCCCCCGACCCACCAGCCCCGGAUCCUACCGCUUCCAGUACCAAGCCUACCUGUUGAGCUGCCCCUUCCCGGCACGGCCCGCCUUCGGUGACGUCUCGGUCAGCAGCCUGCACCCCGGUGGGGACGCCCGGUUCCGCUGCACCACAGGCUACCAGCUGCAGGGUGCCCCCCUGCUCACCUGCCGCAAUGCCACCCGGCCCUUCUGGAGCGCCCGCGAACCUCAGUGCAUGGCGGCGUGCGGUGGGGCCAUCCGUAAUGCCACCGUGGGACGUGUCAUCUCCCCGGGCUUCCCUGGGAACUACAGCAACAACUUGACCUGCCACUGGCUGCUGGAAGCUCCCGCCGGACACCGCCUGCACCUCCACUUCGAGAAGGUCUCACUGGCAGAGGAUGAUGACAGGCUCAUCAUCCGCAACGGGAACAACGUGGAGGCACCUCCGGUCUAUGACUCCUAUGAGGUGGAGUAUCUGCCCAUUGAAGGGCUGCUCAGCACUGGACGCCACUUCUUUGUGGAGCUCACCACUGACAGCAGCGGGGCUGCUGCAGGCAUGGCACUGCGCUAUGAGGCCUUCGAGCAGGGGCACUGCUAUGAGCCUUACGUCAAGUAUGGGAACUUCACAACCAGCGACCCACGGUACCCUGUGGGCACCACGGUGGAGUUCAGCUGUCACCCUGGCUACACGCUGGAGCAAGGCUCCACCAUCAUCGAGUGCGUUGACCCCAGUGACCCACAGUGGAACGAGACGGAGCCGGCAUGCCGCGCGGUGUGCAGUGGGGAGCUGAUGGACACGGCCGGCGUGGUGCUGUCGCCCAACUGGCCGGAGGCAUACGGCAAAGGCCAGGACUGCAUCUGGGGGCUGCACGUGGAGGAGGACAAGCGUGUCAUGCUGGACAUCCGCGUGCUGCGGCUGGGCGCAGGGGACAUCCUCACCUUCUAUGACGGGGAUGAUCUGACAGCACGCAUCCUGGGUCAGUACACGGGUGCCCACGGCCGCUUCAAGCUCUUUGCCUCCAGCGCCGAUGUCACCAUCCAGUUCCAAUCUGACCCCGGCUCCGGCGUCUUUGCCUAUCGGCAAGGCUUUGUCAUCCACUUCUCUGAGGUGCCCCGCAAUGACACGUGCCCUGAGCUGCCUGACAUCGCCAAUGGCUGGAAGACCGCCUCGCAGCCGGAGCUGCUGCACGGCACCGUCGUCACCUUCCACUGCUACCCCGGCUUCGAGCUGGCUGGUGCCGACCUGCUCAUGUGCCACUGGGACCUGACGUGGAGCGGCGACCUGCCAUCCUGCGAGCGGGUCACCACCUGCCGGGACCCCGGGGACGCCGAGCACAGCCGCAGGGUGGUCUCCAGCCCCAAAUUCCCGGUGGGGUCCACCGUGCGCUUCGUCUGCGAUAAGGGCUACGUGCUGGCAGGCGCCGGGCUCCUCACCUGCCACGACCGCGCGUCGGGGGGACCCAAGUGGAGCGACCGCCUGCCCAAAUGCAUCCCGGAGGCAUACGAGCCAUGCCACAACCCCGGUGUGCCCGCGGGCGGGCGGCAGAGCCCCGAGCGGCGGCUGUACCCGGCAGGCAGCACUCUGCGCUUCUCCUGCACUGCUGGGCGGGCGCUGCUGGGUGAGGGCAAUCUGCGCUGCCUGCCCGGGCAUCCCUCGCACUGGAGUGGCUCACCUCCCAUCUGCAAGGCGGCCUCCUACGAUGAGUUUUACAGCAAUCGCAACCUGGAUGCCGUGGCCAAAGCUGUGCCCUCGGGGACAGCACUGGAGGGCACCAAUGUGGCCAUCGCCAUCUUCCUGCCCGUGCUGGUAGUGGCCCUGCUCAUCGGAGGCGUUUACCUUUACUUCUCCAAGCUGCAGGGGAAGCCAGCCCUACAGCUGCCCCUUUCUGGAUCCCACCCCUAUGAUCACAUCACCGUGGAGUCGGCUUUUGACAACCCCACCUAUGAGACAGGAGUAAGCACUGGCCCCCACGUCCUACCAGCAGGGGUGUGCGCCCUGGGGACCAGGGGUAAAAUGUGA